UGCAGGUCUUGUAUAAAAUAGUGGUUGCACUAAAGAACCACUUGAAAACAAUGAUUUCCUCCAACAUCACAGACCAUAUGGCUGCAGGGGUAGCUCUCUCGGUGGACUUCGACAGUCCUGAGGAUUAUUUCAUCUUUAUUUUUCAGAUUUUAUUUGCAACCACUACUGUUCUCCUAUCCGGACCUGUGGUCAUUGCCAUACUGGCCACCAAAGCUCUCCGCCUUCAAAACAGGUUUAUUUUCAUGCUGAACACGAGUAUUUGUGACACGCUGGUUGGAGUUUCGGUGUAUUAUCUCGGUCUGUUUGAUGUUCAGGAGGGAUAUCCGAGUAGAAACGGAACUUUUAAUGUUUUGCCGUCUCUUUUAGGGAUCAAUAUAUUGACGUUUCUGUUCGCACAAUUUGACCGCUAUUUUGCUGUGUGCCAUCCAUUCAUCUACAGCCGCUUCAUAACGAGACAGUUUGUUAUAGGCAUCAACAUCUACUGCUGGGUUUACAACGCCGCUCACUUGCUCGCCAGGAAUUUCCUGCCACUUUCCAAAGCGAUACAAAUGUACGUAUUCAGCAUUGUCGUCUUUCAGCUAAUCGUGCUCACCAAAGUGGUCAUGACUAUCAAACUGUAUGUUGUUGCCAGAUUCCAGCUUGAAAGAGACCCUCCCUGCGCCGAGAAAGAAAACAAGAAGGAAUCGCUGAGAAUCAUCAUUUUUGUUGUUAUAAGCUUCUUGGUGUUGUGGUGCCCCUCUUUUGUUAAUAUUAUCCUCAGAUUUGUGGGAGGGCGAGGGCUGACGUUUAGGAACGAGGCCACCAAUCUUUUCGCCAUCAUGGCUCGUUUCAACGCUGUGUGCACACCUGCGGUGUAUAUCUGGGGGAGUCCGGCUCUGAGGGAGGCCAUGCUGAGGACAGUGUGGGGUAGACUGUGUCCACGAUGCAAGACGAGGUAACGGGGAAACACUGCUGGGAACUGCAUGCAAAAUUCACUACCACGUUCUAAUUAUAUAUCUGUACACACUGUGAUUAGCAAAACUACUGAUGCAUUAAU